ACUUAACGAUUUAACUAAGAAGCCAUAUUAAAUUCUUGGCAACGUUUUGUGCCAAAUAAAUUAUUUUUAUAAUAAGAUAAUUGCAGCCUUUAACAAUUUUGAGUGUUUCUUUCAGAACACGGAGAUUUAGUGGAAAACGUAGUCAAAUUUAUUAAAAAAAUAAUUUACCACUAUAUAUUAAUAGUGGUAAAUCGACCCAGUUAUGGUAUUAUGAUUGCCAACAAGACCGUAAAUUUAUAGGUGAGUGUACAUUGUUUAACAUGGUGUUCCCAUUUUUAAAACCAUAAUCACGUCGCGACGGAAUGGAGGAAAUCACAAACUACUACGGAAUCCUGGGCGUAAAUCCGAGAGCAACAGAAGACGAGAUUAAAAGGGCUUAUCGUGCCCAACAAUUAAUCCAUCACCCCGAUAAGGGAGGAGAUGCAGAGUUAUGCAAGAAGUUAAAUCAGGCCUACAAAAUCUUGAGUGAUGCCCUUCUCCGGAGGGACUUUGAUCAGGAAUUUGACGACGAAGAGGACGACGUGUCCUUUGGAGGUAGAGGUGACAAAAGUUCUUUUCAAUUGCCCCCAGAUGGUGAACGGGCGUCGGAGAGGUGGCGACAAAAAGUGGCGAAAUGGGAGGAAGAAUACAACAGUGGAAAUGGAAUAUCCCCUCUAAACCUGCCCCUCAUUGUCGACACGAUAAAAGCCUUCGUCUCCCAGUACGACUCAAUCUUAUCGCAGAAUGCAAAAAAUAACAGAACUGAGGACGUUUACUAUUGCCACAUUUGCGAAAAGUUUUACCCUUCCGAUGACACCCAUUACACCGUAGCAGUCCAGCCAUACACCAAUUUAUUCGAGCCCCACCGAGAUGAACAACUCUACCCGACAACAAAGGCCCGAUUUGGGUCAACAUUCGGAGAAAAUGUGACCUCUUGGGAACCCUCCAGAUUUUCCCACAGCGAAGAAACCCUCGCCUUUUGGGGGUCACCGGAAUGGAAAAAUUGGAACCACGUGCAACCACGUGUAACAAAACUUAUCCAGAGUACAAAAAUUAAUUGUGAAUGGCCAGGUGAAAAAUUGGACAAAAUCAAUUUCACCAAAUUACCCGGAUUCCUUUUGAAUGACGUUACUUUUAAAAACACCGAUGUGAAAAUUAAGUUGGAUAAAUGCCUGAAUUUCUCCGACCAAGCUGACCUGGCGGGAGAAACAUUAACCAUUUUAGUGGAUGAUGCUGCUUCGGAAUCCCGCCCACCAUUUCCCAACCCCACCUUUGUUGCUAACCCUCCCGGAAAAUUUCAGAACGCGUGGCAUUGUUCCUACUGCGACGUAACGUUUGGCUAUGUUAUACCCCAACGCCACCACUGUAGGCGUUGUGGCAAAACGGUAUGCUUAUCUUGCAGCUUGCCCAAUCAGAGAAUAUUUUCCGUGGGAUAUUCAUCCGCCAGGAUGUGUGCAACUUGUAUCCCACUCGAAACCACGUGGACCCUUCAACUCUGGACGAAUUAUGUAAUUGGAGUCAUUAACGAGACCAAGGACGAGACUUGUGAGGACGAUGUCAUCGAAUUGUUUGCCCUUGGUUGCAUCAACUUUGACUGGCACUCGGGUAUCUCUCCGCUUCCCAAUGAUUGCAAGAUUCUCCUGGAUUUGGCGAAAAAGACAAAAAUGUAUAAAUUUUACCUCGCUCUGGCACGAUUUUUCACCUUGUCACAGCAAAGUUGGGAAGAAAUAGCGAUAUUUUUCUGCUCCAAGCAACUGUUUGGAUUUGCAGCUAAAUGCAUUUUAAGUAUGAAUAAGGACGACGCUAAUUGGGAAUCACUAGCCCACAAAUUUGCAAAAUAUGAUUCAUUUGCUCAACUAUCGGCGCACUGCGUGUUGGAAGCGAGGUUGCUUCCGAACCAACUUUUUUCUCUGACGAAGAAGAUAUUUGCCCUUUCUGGACAUAAGUUGACCCCUUUGGUACAGUUUUGCGCAAAUUUUACCCUGGUCAGAAAUCAAAAAGAAGAAACGGCCCCAUUUUUCGCUGCCGUUGGGAAAAUGUUAAUCGAAACGGAGAUGAGACCUCUGGCAUUCUAUUUUCUUGACGAGAUGAAAGCUGAAGUUCAAGAAGGCUGGAUUGACGAUCUGGGCAAUUUUUUAUGGACGCAAAAUCACUAUGACGCGUUACACCUAUUGUUCAAAUACAGGAGGGAAAAACUCCCUCGUGCAGACGUCAUCCCGGCCGGCAGUCCAAUCUUGUGCGCCCUUUACUUACAACAAGGCAGUUCUAACGAGUCGGAUUAUGCGGUAUUGGUAACCUUGGCUACCACCAUGUUAAAACGUCUCCUAAAGAAGAAAUCAGUCGAUGCCAUCCUUCCCCUCGGAACGUAUCUUAACAGUGUUUCCUCACCAUCAAAAAAUUGGAUUCACGACAUUUCAGAAAACGCUGAAACUGACAACGAGAUAUUGCUCUUGUGUGCAAAAUUGUCCAAAUUAUUUGACUCGGGGGACAUUUACUACAAAAUGGGGAUGGCUUUGAGGCAAAGAAACGACAAGAUUUUGGCCGAUUUAUGCUUCCUCGUGGGAAGAACGCACCCAGAAAAUGUAGCAGAUGACUUUUACGACGCGGGAGAUCACAAAUCUGCAAUCGAAUAUUAUCUUCAAGUGGGGGACAUGCCGGAAAGGAUACUUUGGGAGAAGGGAGAAGCUCUCAUGACCAAGGGGGGAGAUAAGGUCUCCAGUUAUUUCUACUUUUGGGAAAUCAUCAAGAAAAUCGAGCCCUUACCCCGCCCUCAGAAAAUUCCGGUUUACAUAGAUCUAGCAAUUUUACUAUUUGGCGGUGAUUUCAAUUCCGGGUUGCAAAACGUCUUUAAAACAAUCGUGGCCGAAUUUCGGGACGAAUUCGAAAAUUCCGACGCCUUCCAAGAUCUUCAUGAGUUUAUGCUGGCCCAAUUCUUGAAGCAAGAGGACAACGAAAAGCUAGCAAUUGCGGUACUUCACUACCUCCCCGGAAAGUGGGAUGUAGCCUCAAAACAAAAAUUUUCCUCGUCAUUUUCCCCCCAGUUUAAAACCAGGGUGACCACGGCAUUAGAAUCGUACAAUUUGGAAUCCUUAGCUGAAGCCUUGGUGGACACGAAUGCGAGAAAUGUCGCCUCUCUGGAACAAAUAAUUUGUCAGCAUGACUACUUUUGUAAUCUGGAUGUAGAAAAAUUGCCCGCUAUUUUCAAAAUUAGCUAUCAUAUGAUUACCGGAUGUAUACUAAAAGUUCGUGGCGACGUGGUUAGGGCGAUCAAUCAUUUCAAUGCGUGCCUUCACUUGAGCCCGCAAGUUGGACGGGCCACCGUCAACUCUGCGAUUUCGAUCCUGCUCGAUUUCCACCUUCAUUUCCAAACCGUGCAGAGUUUACUGGAUGAAUUAAUGAGGGUUUCGAAGAAAUGUGACAAACACGUCACCCUGCCAGAUCCAUUCCAUAAAUUUAAGGCUUUUUUAAAUUUCAAAGGAAACCAAGAAUUGGUCACGAUUCGCAAAGUUGAAGCGGCAAUAAAGAACCAAGCCAUCGGCUUCGAAGCCGCUAUGUCAUAUUUAGAUUUUUCUGCCAGCGCUGACUCCGGAACUGUGCUAAUUUCUUGUUGGACUUGCGCCAUUUCAAAACUUGUGGACACCCUGACCACCAAGAAUUUAGAAGACGGAAGAGUUUACGCGAUUUCCUCCCUUAUCUGUGAACUGGUUACGGUAGUUUUUUUAUUUACGAGGCGUAUCUGCACCCCACACUUUGAAGGGAUUAUUUCCGCCUGGCUCCUCAAAGCUUUGAUCAUCGCGGGAAAAAGUAUGGACAACAUUAGACUACCGAGAUCCCCAUCACCUUCAAUAAAAAUACUUCUCCAAAAACUUCUCGAAUCACGGAUUGGAUGCUUGAAAGUGAACCCGUUCGUGUUGGAUGACACUUUCUACCCAAUUUUGGACAAUUUGUACGUGUCCAUGAUCCAGGCCGAGUUUCAAAAGCAUUUUUUCACCCAUCGAAUCACAAAUCCCUACUGUCACACGGGAAUCUUGCCAACCCAUCUUUUUGCGUACCACAAAUUCGACGGAGUUUGGCGUGGGUGGAUUGAUGAUGAUUUUCUCGCAACGAAACAAGUCUGCAUUGACGCCAUUCUUGCCAAGAAAUUUUGGCGGGAGGACAUGGUUAAGGACAACCUCGAAUGGGGACUCCAGCCCAGAGAUGCAGACGGUUUUGUGAGACACUGCAAUAAGUUAAGUUUCGUAAAUGCAGAGAAAACAACAAAAUUAUUACCCCGCCAAAAAAGUUACGAGUCCUUUGAUGGCUUUAUAUUUGACAAGAACACGGGAAAGGUGGAAUUUUUGUUGAGAAAUAGACCCCUCCUUCUUAACCUUGUGAAAGGACGGAAACCCAAAUUAUUUAGCCUCGACGACGUCAUGGAAGUCUGUCGUGAGGAGAUUUCCGCCGCCUUUUUCACCCUGGAGGAACCCAGUGGAGGAGAAAAUUUUAGGUCACACCCAUUCCAAGAGAUGCGGUUCGGCCCAUCCCGACUAAAGGGAACCAAUUAUCUCGCCACGAUGGCGAGGGCGGACAUUUUACUGAAAGAAAUCACCACCGGGGUCGAGAUCAGUUCGACGCCGCCGUUCCGCAUGCGCUCAACUAGUGUGAACCUUCUUCAAAAUCUUCCUCCCGACCUGCACGAGAUUCUUGGACCGAUCAAAAACGACAAGGUCACGUCUCUCUUGCAAGAAUGCGUGCACCGCUUUUGGAUAGAAAUUGACGACAUUCCCUACAAAAUGGAGGAAACUGAGGGUGCAAUAACUGUCCGUUUUGGCCCCGUCGCUGCCCGGCUUUGUACACGACCGAUGACUCGAAAUUUGGAAGGUGAAUUGGAAGACGUGUUCAAUGAGGGGGAGGACACACCGGAAGAACAAUUUGCGAAGAACUUUACCCAAUCGUAUGACAAAAUUGGGACACAUUUCCCAGAGCUUUUACGUCUCAAAGAACUAAUGAAGAUGUCAUUCAUGGCGCGAAUUUUGAAAGGUAUUGCUCGAAGUGUGCAGUCCUCUAGGGAAGAGGCGGAAACUCAAGCGUACUAUGAGGACCUUUGUGUAAAGACGAAAUCUGAGUUGAGAAGGAUUUACUCGCAAAUUUCGAGUUAUCCGCAAUGCACCCCCGCCAAGAUAAGAGAAGUCUUAAACGAUGCUGCAAGAAGUGCUGGCAUCAGCACUUAUCAACUAGGAUACGACGAGAGAAACAAGUUGGAGUCCAAGAUUCGAGCCCAGCUCGAAAAAUCCGAUGCAGACGUGUUAAACCAUUAUUGUUCCACUUUCUCUGAGACGUUUGGACUACAAAGCACACUUCAGUUCAGGGAUCGUGUCCGUGACUGGCUUUCUUCUGGAAGAUUGGACACCCUCGGGGAUGACUUGGCUAGAGCAGCGGUGCAGAAAAUUCUUCGGGAGGCUGGCCAGGUUCUCGCAAACUUGUUGGGUUUGACCGGAAUUUCACCACUGGAGAGGGAUAAGAAUGAAGAAAUUGAGAAUCGAUUGACCUGUUCUUGGGUACCUGCCGCAUUUUGCAAUGAUUCGGAGGACGGAUCGUCAGUUCGGAAGGUGUACGGGGGUGUGAGCAUGAUGGCAAAUGGGGUUUGCACAUCUGGAAUAACUUCAUCCCUGGGGACAUCUAGAGUUUCUGCGGGGGGAAGCGGUUCGCGCCCACCGCCUUCAUCCGCACCACCAGCCCCGCCUCCGCCGCCCCCUAGCACUGGUAGCAGGUCAAUGGCGGGAAGGACGGCGAAAUUGAGAGAGAUAAUGAAUGACCCUAAGCAAGGGAGUCACAUCAGGGGGUGGAUUCGACAAGAAGUAAAUCAAAUUGAACGAGGGCAACGAAAUUAUAUUCGCAACCCCCCAGGCCAUGACUUGGCACAUUGGAGAGGAUACGAAAGUGCGAAAGGGUACGACUAUAGCCACUCAAAUCUACAGGUUAGAGAUUUGCACAAAUUGCAGCAUAAGUAUGACAAGAAUGGAAAGUUAAAUAAAGAUAGGGGUAGGAAUGAGUGAGGUUAUAUACCAGGAAAUAAAUAAACUAUCCUUGAGACGAUCAGAUGGAAAUAUUUUGAUAACAGUCGAAAACUAGCCAAAUAUUUGAUAAGACGGUGUUAUGCCUGGAAAUUAAUUCUAUAACGACAUUUAUUGCAUAUUUUUAUUUUGUUGUGGUUGUUUCGAUAAAUUCGUAUUUGAAUUUUAAUUCGUGGAAUAAUUUCAUUAUAAUUUAAUAGGCUACUUAAUCGAUAAUAAAUAGUACGAUGACGGGUUACUUUGACUUUUGUGAGUUAACCAUUUCCCGAUAAGUAUGCUAUUGUAACAUUGUGCUGAAUUAAUCAUUGGCAUCUUUUAAAUUCAGUUUUGUAACCAAAAUUUAUUCCAAAUUUCAAUUUAUUUAUAAUAAUAAACAUAACUACCUGUAAAAAUUAAAACGUUAUAUUUAAAAAAAAAUCAAGGAAAAGUUCCCAGUCACUCGUAGUUAUACAAUUAUUAGAUUCACAUUUCUGCUUAAUAUUAAAUUAAAUGAAUUUACUACCUAACUUAGAAAUUCAUUAGUACACAAUCAGUGUGCUACCCUCCCAGUAUUAAAUUUGCAAAACUAGACAAAUUCAUUAAGAAUUUAUUGCAGUCACUCGUACCAUACAAGUUACGUAUCUUAUAUACUUAACACCAAAUAGAUCAAUUCAACAAAUAUCAUACUUGCCCCGUGGUGACCGUUUGGACUACAGCUAAUGUAACACAUAAGUUGGUUGACGCAGAUCACUUUUAACAGAUUUUCAAACGGAGUCGGAAAUAUGAUAUUCAUUGUGACAUUCUUGUGACAUCCUUAGUCGUGUACGACACACUGGUUUCAUGCUUUAUUUAGUCGCAUUCGCUAUGACGGAUAUUUUUUUGUAUACAUAUCCAUAGAUAUGAAUAUAGAUACAUUUGUUUUAUAUGCCUAACUUGUAUCCCCUACAUACAUACGUACAUAAGUAUUCUGAAGGUGUAAAACAAUUAAUGUUACAGCUUAUCGGGAAAAGAUAAGUCUAAAAGUUUAACUACCAUUUUUAUCGAAAUACCCCAAUAAUUAUGUGAGCUAACUUCCUUCUUAACUAACACACAUAUAAAUGUAUGUGCAAUCAAAAAAUUUACAAUUAAACACAAAUCAACAUCUCAGGUUCAACCAGACCUUA